GCGAUGGCAAACCGAAGAUCAUUGACUUAAUGGACGGCUCGGGCGCCGGAGAUGUGGACACGUCUACUGUCGUCGAAGCGGAUAUCGACGGCUUUAUUACGGGUCUGACGGGUACUAAACUUAAGAUCCCGAGCCAAUGGCAGAACCCUUCGGGCAAAUACCACAUCGGAGUGAAGAAUAUCUACGAGUUGUUUACGAAAGGAAUGCGCGAACGGAUGGCCAAAGAAUACACGGAGAAUGAGUGGCAACCGAUGCAGAAGACGGCGAUCGCCGAAGCCGUGCGACAGCUCCAGGAGUUCGAGAGGACUCAUUCGGACGCCUCGGCAGACAAUACCGAAGAGAAACUGAUCCGCGAAGACUUGCAAUCGAGAGUUGAUUUUCUCAAACAAUUGGACAAAAAGUUUACAGAUUUGGGACCGACUUAUGAUUGUGUGGUCUUUAACGACGGCUCGCAUUGGAAAGGAGUUGUGGACACUUCAGGCGCCGGCAAACUAGAAGACUGUACACUAUUAGGCAAUUAUAGGGAGUGUUUGAAAUACGGGACACUUUCUAAUAGAGAUCUACUAAACUAUGGAAUCAAUAUCCAUAACGAGGGAAACGUUUUAGAGAUCGUCUCAAUGUCGCCUCACGGGACACACGUGGCCAGUAUAGCGGCCGCGCAUUUCCCGAACGAACCGGAGAAGAAUGGUGUGGCGCCGGGCGCUCAGAUCAUCAGCAUAUGUAUCGGUGAUACGAGAGUGGGCUCUAUGGAGACGGGAACCGCUUUAAUGAGAGCACUUAUGCGAGUAAUAGAGAGCGGGUGUCACGUGAUUAACAUGAGCUACGGAGAGGCCGGCCAUUACGCAGAAGGCCGUAUUCUGGAUUUUAUGCACGAAAUUGUCAAUAAGUACGGCGUUAUAUUCGUGGCCUCGGCUGCAAACAGCGGUCCCGCGCUGUCCACCAUCGGUACGCCGCCCACAAUGCACUCGUCGUCCAUCAUAUCGGUCGGCGCUUACGUGUCGCCCGAUAUGAUGGCCGCCGAGUACUCUAUGCGUCAGAAGAUGCCCGGAAUGAACUACAGUUGGUCGUCGCGCGGCCCUACCAUAAAUGGCGAUCUGGGAGUGUCAGUGACGGGUCCGGGCGGUGCCAUAACAUCGGUGCCCAACUGGUGCCUCAAGAAGUCGGUGCUAAUGAACGGAACGUCGAUGUCGUCGCCAAACGUUGCCGGAUGUGUGUGUCUUCUGGUGUCCGGACUGAAGGCCCGGGCAAUUGAUUACUCGCCUUAUAGUGUCCGCCGAAGUAUAGAGAACACUGCCCUCAAGAGUAUUCAAAAUUACGAGCCCUUCACUCACGGACACGGACUCAUACAAGUAGAGAAAGCCUUCGAACACUUGACUCAAUUCAAAGACUCGGUUGAAAGGGAUGUCCGCUUUCACGUGACGAUUGGCCAGAAUUUAGGCGUUUAUCUCCGACAACCCGAAGAGGUGGCCAAUCCCUCGAUACACCCCAUUAGUGUUGACCCGAUUUUCCUCAACGAUAAACAAAUCGAUAACAAACGAAAAGUAGAUUUUGAGAUGAAUUUGAGUCUCAUUUGUGACAACGAGUGGAUAACGUGUCCGUCGUUUUUGCACUUGACGUACGGUUCGAGAGGUUUUUCCAUUAAAGUGGAUCCACGAGGACUGGAGGACGGGAGGGAACACUUCGCGUUCAUCCGAGCCUACGAUACGAAUUGCAUAGAAAAGGGUCCCGUAUUUCACAUUCCCGUCUCCGUAAUGAAGCCCAUGAAAAUACCCGACUCUAAACAAUUGGAGAGCACUCAACAUUAUAAACCGGGUUAUUUUAAGCGCCAAUUCAUUGACAUACCCUCGUCAGUGAAUUCGGUGGUCAUUCGGGCCAAGAAUCUGGACCCACAAGAGAGCGGUUCGUUUGUCAUUCACUGUCAACAACUGUCGCCACUGCUGUCCAACCGAACCGAUGCGACCGAGAAGUUCUUCUCGUUGGCGCCAUUGGCCGAGAAUACGUACGCCAUUCCCCUUAAGAGUGGCCGCACUCUUGAGAUCUGUUUUGGCAGAUGGUGGUCGAGUAUUGGCGAGUCCUCCGCCCAAUUGAGUAUUCAGUUUUACGGACUCCAGCCCUCACUUGACUCAUACACAAUGUUGUCGAGUGAAGGCAUUUCGAGAUUAGAUAUUCAAUCAAACUUUGGUUAUGAAGAGAUUUCGCCCAAUAUUUCGCUGCAAACAUACGUUCAGCCCUUAAGACCCGUUGAGAAUAAAGUGCGUCCACUGACCGCUCGCGAUGUCAUACCUAUCGGUCGACAGAUUUAUGAGAUUGUUUUGACUUAUAAUUUUCAAUUGUCCAAACCGACCGAUGUUUACAUCUCGUGUCCUCUUCUGUCAGAUGUCUUAUACGAAUCGGAAUACGAUUCGCAAAUUUGGAUGAUUUUCGACACAAACACUAAGCAAUUCUUGGCCACUGGAGACGCCUAUUCAUCCAGACAUUCGGCGAAACUAGAAAAAGGCGAAUACACUGUUCGGUUGCAAAUCCGUCACGAAUUGGUCGCACAAUUGGACAAACUGUCGGAUCUGUCGAUCAAUGUUCACCAGAAGCUGACUCCCGGCGCGUCGUUGAGUCUCUACGAGACCUACAAGAAUGCCAUCACUGAUGGCAAGAAGUUCAACACUCAUGUGUUGCGACCCAAUUGUCACAAACCGGUGUUCGUGGCGGCGAUGACCGAACCGCCGAAGGGUCUAACGGUGGCCGCCGGCGGCUACUUCUACGGUCACAUAACGUUCACUAAAUCAGAGGUUCGCAAAAAAGCGGAACAGUUUGCCUUCAAAUACGUGGUCGACAGCGAACCACAGAAGAAGCCCAAAGAUAAGGACAACAGCAACGGCGGCGCCGCUGGCAAAGAGUCCGCCGAUAAUAAGACCACUGCCGACGGUUUGCCUGAAAAGUCUUUGGAGGAACAGUUCAGCGAAGCGUUGAGUGAUUUGAAGAUAUCCUGGAUUUCAAAAUUAAGGGGUAAAUCAUCGGAAGACGUGUUCACUGAACUUCAGGCCACAAACAAAGCCAAUACUCAGCUAUUAUUGGCCCGAAUGCAGGCGCUGGACGCCGACCCUCAACGCGGCCAACACCUGACCACUCAAAUCAAUUUAGCGAACGAUGUCUUGGAUUUGAUAAAAGUUAAUGAUUUGAUCGCUUCGUUGGCUGUCGUGAAGAGCGAGAAGAAGGAAACCAAUAAUUCAACCAAUAAUACAAACAAUACGGCACUCAAAAAUCUAGAAAAACAAAAGACAACUGUUUUGGAAGCGCUGGUGAAGAAGGGUAUCGCCAUCUGUGACCUAAUCGACGCCCAGACCGCGGGCUCGAGCACUGCCGCCGCCAUCGACCCGAACACAAUACCCGACUCGACCGCCGCCUCUGACGCCAAACUCUCGCCGACUGGCGACCACUUUGUCUCCGACGCGAAUCAAGUUUACGCCGAGAUCUGUAAACUCACCGAUCCUUACGACCAAAAAGUGGCCAAAUUUACCGAACGUCACGCCCUUUUGCACCGACACUUCGGUCGAGCCAUCAAACUGUUUGCCAAACUCCAGGAGUCGAAGGCGUCCCACGAGUUGGAGCUCAAGACCAUUAAUGUAUGNUCACCGAUCCUUACGACCAAAAAGUGGCCAAAUUUACCGAACGAGUCGAAGGCGUCCCACGAGUUGGAGCUCAAGACCAUUAAUUUGUCUUCAGCGUUGGUCUCACUUCGGGCCAGAAGUCGGUUGCAGUCACUGAAGGAUAGACUCCUAUGGGAUGAAUACAGGCUAUCGGUGCUCAACACUGGCCACGAAGACUGUGCCACACAUAACACCACUCAUUAUAAUCACAGCAAUUAUAAUAACAAUUGCAGUGAAAGGGUGGACAAUAAUAACGAUCUGAUGGACGACUCGAGUGAUAGUAGGCGUAGACGACGAGGAAGUAGGAGUAAAGCCAUGGAUCAAAAGUCUUGGGAUCUAUACGUUUACACAAUCGCCGCGUAUAUCAAUCAUUUCGCUUUUGGUAUAACGAAUGGCUUAAGCGGUCCAACACUUGUUGACUUGAAAUACAUGUUAAACACGUCAAUGAAUUUAAUAUCCAUUAAUCUUAUCGCUGGUAACAUCGGAUACCUAUCGGGUUCUCUAUUCGGACUUUUAUACAAAUACAUUAACAGACAGUUAACUAUUGCUAUAGUUAUGUCAGCGAUGGCCGCAUCGGUAGCGCUGAUACCCUAUUCACCCAACUUAUGGACACUGUAUUUGUUCGGAUACGUGAGUGGAUUGGGAUCCGGUAUUUGGGACAGUGGUAACAAUGUAUGGCUGGUCGAGAUGUGGCCGCACAACAGCCUAUCAGCGCUCCAGUUCUCGCAGUUUAUGUUCGGCUUGGGAUCGAUAUUCGCGCCAAUCAUUGCUAAGCCAUAUCUGACCGGUGAGACCAAUCAUACCAUCGUUACGCCCGCGUCUUUCACAUACCACGCGCUGAUGGCCGACACCAUCACAAGCACUACACCAGCGCCCGUACCGGUGGACAGGCGGGCACUCCUGAAGACCCCAUACCUCAUCGCUGGCAUUCUUCAGGGAUUCACGCCCGUACCGGUGGACAGGCGGGCACUCCUGAAGACCCCAUACCUCAUCGCUGGCAUUCUUCAGGGAUUCAUACCGCUUGUGUUUCUAAUCAUGUAUUUCAUCCGCAAAUACAAGAGUCCGGACGAACGGCUCAAACGCAAGGACUCGUCGGAAAGCCUUUUGAGCGAAGAGUUGGCCAAUAGUACUGUCAGCGGAGAGUCGGAACCGAGAGUAGAGGGCUAUACGGCCCGCAGAAAGACCACUUUGAUAGCGCUGUUCUCACUGUUUCUGGCCAUAGAGGCCUCCCUAGAGGUCGCGCACUUCAACUACAGCUCCACAUACUAUCAAAACAUAGCGCUGCGAGUGUCGGCCCAAACCGCGGCCGACAUACUGUCCGCGAUGUAUACGAGCUAUACUGUGGGCCGUUGUCUCAGCGCGUUUGUGGCCCUCCGGGUCGGGCCCGACGCCAUGAUUAGCUAUCAUUUGCUGAUCAUUAUCGCUGGUAUGGGUGUCCUCUACUACGGCUCGACAGUACUCGAGCUGAUAUGGAUCGGCAAUAUUAUAAUCGGUUUCGGCUUUUCGGCCAUGUAUUCGGCGAUUGUGGCGCUGACUGCCCGUCACUGCACUCUCACAGACACCGUGAGUACAGUAAUGGUGUUCACCAACGGUAUAGUGUCGGCCAUAACGCCCUUCAUAUUGGGUCCGCUCAUCGAAACCAAUCCGUUUGCGUUCAUUGAACUCGAAUUGGUUUAUCUCGCUAUCAAUGCCGCCCUCUUUCUGGUCAUAGUGUCCGUCACCCGAACCGCGCGGCCACACAAU